AAUUGGUGUUUCCAUAGAGACACAGAUGUCUUUAUCAAGUGCUAUCAAAAUGCUACCCAGGUGAAAAGCGUGCCGAAAAAGCAGCAAAGAUGUCUCAGAUGUCUGCUGAAGAUGAGGUGGAGCUACAGUCCCUCCUCAAACAACUUCUGAGAAGCAUCAGCGACAAGAUCUCUGGUGCUCCAUCAACUGAAUGUGCUGAAGAGAUCCUCCUCCAUCUGGAGGAGACUGACAAGAACUUUCACAAUUAUGAGUUUGUCAAGUACCUCCGUCAAUAUGUGGAGAACUCUCUGGGGACUGUGGUGGAAGAGGAGACAAAGAAAUUAACCGGAGGAGAGGGACAACAUGCGAUUGGCUCAGGGCAUGAUACUUUUAUUCACGCUGUGACCCGAAGGACCAGAGACUCGGCUGAGUAUCAGCAGAUGAUGCAGACCUUGAAAAACACCAUGAUCAUGGUUGUGGAGUCUUUGAUCAACAAAUUUGAAGAGGACCAGUUGAGGAAGGAGGAGAAACACAGAGAGAGGGAACACAGCCAGUACACUGAUAACUGCUCUGACAGCGUCUCCUCCUUUAACCAGAGUUAUGCAUUCAUCAGACAGGAACAGCUGCAGGUUUUGGCUGAAAAACUUGACUCCAGCAAACCUAAAGAGGUGCGUCGUGAGGCUCUUCAGGCUCUCUGCUCUGCACCUCCAUCUGAUGUGCUGAGCUGUGAGAGCUGGAGCACCCUGCGUAGGAACCUCUGCACAGCUCUGGCUGAACCCGACCUCAACGAGGAUGUGCUGCAUUUCUUUGCUAAAAGUUUCUCCUCUUCUCCUCUCAGCGUGACACGAGAAAUCUACACCAGCUUGGCUAAAAGUGUGGAAUCAAGUUUUCUGAGCCACAGGCUGAACUUUCCAAGUGGCUCAGCUGCUGUUGACAUCAACAGACCUGAGAUCGGUCGUCUUCUCAAACAGAUUCGAUUAAUGAAUGACUUUCAGAAGGAGGUGAAUAACUUCUGGAUCCGUCAUCCAGAGAAAUACAUGGAGGAAGUUAUAGAAAGCACAUUCUCCUUGUUGUCACACCAUCAUGAACAUGGCUCAACAGGAUCAGAGAAAACUCUGGAACCAGUCCACCUACUGGCUUUGCUAGAUAUUAAAGCUACCUGGUUUAACAAGUGGAUGCACGGCUACUACAGUCGAACUGUAGUUCUCAGGCUUCUGGAGAAAAAAUACAAGUCUUUGAUUGUAGCGGCUCUUCAGCAGUGUGUCCAUUACAAUGAAUCCUGUGAACACUUCUCAAGUGAGACCACUGAUCCUCAUUCUGGGGAGCAGAGGAGUGCUGGUUCACUUCAGAGGAGUGUUUAUUCCAGAAAGGAGCUUGAAUAUUUGUUCUUUGUCCACUCUGUGUGUGUCCUGGGCAAACUCAUCAUCUACACCAACGGAAGAAAGCUUUUUCCCAUCAAAAUGAGGAAGCAUAAAGAUCCUGUUAGUCUGACAGACCUGGUUGUCAUCCUAAUUAACAUCAUGUAUCAACACCCCAAGCCUCUGCACUCUGAUCCCUCACACUCAGACUCCCUGUCGCCCAGCAGUCUGGUGAUGGAGGUGCUGUGGAUGUUAUGUGAACGGACAGAAUGUGCUACAGAAUGUCUCUACCAGGCUCCUGUAAUAGAGACUCUACUGGCUCCAGUUACAGCACUGCUCAGUGGACAGCAGGUCAAAAUAAAGUCUCCUGCAGCAACACUGACUCUCGUAGCUGAUGUUCUGGCUCGCAUCGCAAACACUGACAGAGGACUGGCUCUUUUCUUAUAUGAGAAGAGUCUUGUUGCAGCCCACAGUGAGAGGACCUUCGCUGCUCAUGUCAUCAUACAGUUCACCUUGAAACUGCUGGAUAAGGGACUGCUACCACUGACUGACUCAGAUUCAUCUCACACGCUAUGUGGGUCUUUCAUCUUUGUCUGUCGGCAGAUGUACAACACAUGCGAGGGUCUGCAGGUCCUCCGACCCUACGGCCUGCACAAAGCCAUAGCUGCCGCAUGGAAAAAGGUGAGCUCUUUAUCAGACAGGGUUCCAACCCCGGUCCCUGGAACCAGCACUGCAUCAUGCACCCAGGAAAUGACAAACAUGCUCGUCUGGGAGGAGACUUUACUGGACAGCCUGCUGAACUUCGCUGCAACUCCGAAAGGCGUCCUGCUGCUCCAACAGACUGGAGCCCUGAAUGAAUGCAUCUCCUACAUGUUCUCUCGCUUCACCAAAAAGCUACAGGUGAGCCGCUGUGAGAAGUUUGGAUAUGGAGUGAUGGUGACACAGGUGGCAGCAACUGCCCCAGGGGUUGUGGCUCUGCACAGCUCAGGAUUUGUCCGGGCUUUAGUCGUAGAGCUGUGGACCACUCUGGAGUGCGGCUGCGAUGAUGUCAGAGUGGUCCGUCCCAGGCCAAUACCGAUGGACCCCAUAGACAGGAGCUGCCUCAAGUCCCUCUUGUCCUUGGUCAACCUCCUCUCCGCCUCCCAAUCGCUGUGGGAGCUUCUUUGGCGACAGCCUUUAGCCAGCAAGAGUGAAUACACCCUGAGGGAAAUCCCAACCUCCAUACCUGAUUUGAUUGACAGGCUGAUUGCUGUGAAUUCAGACGCAAAGAUCCAUUCUCUGUUCCACUAUGAGCAGUCUCACACAUUCGGUCUGAGGCUGCUCAGUGUGCUGUGCUGCAGUCUGGACUCCCUCCUGCUGUUGGAGAGCCAGUAUAACAUCUGCUCCAUGUUGCUGCAGAGUCAGAGAGAGAACGUUGCUGACCCUGACACCAAUGAUGGGCGGAUCAUCAUAGACAGUGUCUCAGUGGAGAGGAAUUAUGUGCUGGUUCGUGUUAGUGUGGUGGGAGGUCCAUCUGAGAGGAGGCUUCCUUCUCGAGCCCUGCAAGAGGGAGAAAAUCCUUACCCCUGGCCAAUGUUUUCAUGCUACCCUCUACCUCACAAAUAUACAUUGGAUCCACCUGAGAUCAAAUAUAACACACAGGAAUGCGAGAUCAGGACAUUUUUGAUUUCAUCAACUAAAGUGAAGACUGAGGAGAGCUGGUUAGAGAUCUGCAGGAGACAAUACUGCAGAGCCAUGAUGUCAAAACCCAACACCGUAACAGGAAAAGUGCUGGCUGACCUUCUGGAGACAGUUGUGGACCAUCUAUCCAACUCUGCUGCAGAGUGCUUCUUCUCUCCGGCUCGUUACAAAGCAGACGAGAAAAAUGUGAAGAACGUUGUGAUAUCGUCGGUAGAACAGCUGGGGAUCGACACCUGUGUCAGGUAUGGCGUCUACCUCAAGUUGCUGAAAGAAGAUGCCACGAAUGACCUGAUGCUGCUGAUGAAGCACAUAAAGAUCUUCUUGUCCUCACAGAGAGUUAAGACAUCAGUGCUCAUCACUCAGCAGGAUGAUUACCCAGGUCACGACUGGCUGGCCUCCACCAUUUUUCUCAUCAUGGCUGGAAACAUGGACCAGUCACUACGUUUGCUGCUCAGCCUCUCUUCUUUGCUCACGUCUGCGUUUAUCUGGCCUGCGAGGAUACAUGCAUCAGUCCAUUUCCCACAGGCAGUAGCUGAAUCAGGCAUCUUUCCUGUUUACUGGUGCACAGCUCACUAUGUGGAGAUGCUGCUGAAAGCUGAAGUCCCUCUGGUCCAUUCUGCCUUCAGGAUGUCUGGUUUCACCCCCUCCCAGAUGUGCGUCCACUGGCUGACUCAGUGUUUCUGGAACUAUCUGGAUUGGACAGAAAUCUGCCACUACAUUUGCACCUGUGUGGUGAUGGGUCCUGACUACCAGAUCUACCUGUGUGUAGCCAUAUUCAAACACCUGCAGCCAGACAUCCUGCAGUGCACACAGUCCCAGGAGCUGCAGGUUUUCCUCAAGGAGGAGCCGAUUCGUGGCUUCAAGUUCAGCAACUACCUGGAGUAUAUGUUGGGAUUGGAGCACAGCUACAGGACCACCGUUCUGACUGACAUGGAGAGUAUCAGAAACCCUGUGGAAAUCGGACCAGGUUUCAUCUAAAGUGGGCCGGACAGCACCCGUGUGAAUGCGCCCUAAGAAUCCUGUUGUCCCACGCCUACCUACAAGCAAGGAUGGGAACUUUCCUAAUAUAAUAACUGAUGGAAAAAUCUUGUAUGGAUGAUAUUGGGACUCUCUGUAAGGGACACAGCUAGUCAGAAAAUGAUGUGACUAGAACUGUUGUUAGAAGACUCUGUGUUACAUUAAUGUGCUUCUGGGAGUGAUUACAUGGACCUUAUUACCCUCCUGCUGGGUUGGGUGAACGUAAAACCUCACUCUAGGGGUCCGGCACAGGGGCUGACAGAUAACAGUGAUGGUGAUGGGGCAUGUAGAGAUGCUCCUAAGCAAAUUGGGCAGUUCAACAUGUCUGUUGACCGGUGUACAACAAGUCUACUGACUAUGAGCUCCUGCAAAUUGCAGUAAAACAGCUGUGUCUUCUCACUGUCUGGGUGUUUUCCUAACAAUAACUUUUUUUUAAAUAUAUGACUAAUGUUUUACUAAUUGUUAUAAAAUAAAAAUAAAAGUUUUAUGUUGGAUUUUUGUGUUAACAUUAUUUUUACUGCUGUUCUUCAGAGUAUUAGACAAACAUUAUAAACAAAGAAUGCACAAAAUCUGGCAGUAUACUUGCAAAUCAAAUCAUAAGUCAGCAUACUGAGACAAGUCUUUGUUAGCCACCCUACACUUGAUUGUAAAGUGCUAUAUAAAUAAAGUGGAGUUGGAGUUGAUUGGUCAGAUUUGAUUCUCGGCUCCCCAGUGUUGCAUCACGGUACAGAAAAAAAAUGUAAAGCAGCUGAAUGAAUGUAAUUUAAUGACUUAACUGUUACAUGCCAGCAGUUAUUUCUCAACACUGGCUACAACACAAAUGUCAGGACAGAACAGAUAGCAUCACACAGCCUCUCCUCUUGUGUAUUUAUGCAGGUUGUUGCAUGAAAAAUUCAUGAGGACUGUUUCAUCAUUGUGAUAAACCCUCAUUACUAACCACAGUCUUAUCUGUUGUCCUUCUACAGAAUUACAAAGACCUGAAUAAUAAACAAAUUCAUCAGAUCCAUCAUUUCACUCACAUGUUGACUGGGCGGGAGGUAGCUAGCUUGGAAGUGGUCAAAAGUUUACCUCAUAAAAGAUGACACUUCUUACAGAGCACGUACAAGUAAAGAUGCUGAAGAUUGGUGGGGAACUUUAAUGCCACAAUCAUUAAUUUAUUGGUCAUUUGGGGACUGUAAUGUACAGCAACCACAGGAUCACAAACCAUGUUUCAUAUUUUAACCUUGUGUGGCUAUGAACACUAGCUCAGGAAGCCAAUAAAAUUAUGUGCAGGAAUAACAGGAACUGCAGAAUAGUGUUAGUUAUGUAUCAUGUAUCAUGGUCUACUGUUAGUGCAGUGAAAGACCUUUAAAGUUCUCCUCUAAUAUAAAGAAGAGCCAGAUCAGUCAACACUUCACUGAAGGAUUUCUGGCUUUCUAGUAGAGCAUCUCUUAUGGUCACCAAAGGAUGAGGUCGUGCAGCCAUCUAUCCCACACAGGAAACUCAGAGAACUAAUACUUACUGCUAUCUGGGUGGGGCUUUACAGUUCAUUUGCAUGAGAAAACCAAUGAAAACGAUAGGGCAUGCAACAAGUCGAGAACAAAAUGAUGCAGUAUCACAAUCGUAGGUGUGCACUAUGGGGGUACCACAAGGCUCAGUUCUGGAACCACUACUGUUCAGUCUUUACAUCAGUGACCUCCCAUUGGUGUGUGAUGUUGAUGUAUGCUGAUGACACCGUCA